AUGAGUUCGUCAAAACAUUCCUCUGUUUUUAACUAUUCUGCUCUGUUUCUAUCACUGUUUCUUCAACAAAUGGAUCAGAACUCUCUUCAUCAUCUCGAUUCUCCAAAAAUCGAAAACGAGUAUGAACCAGAUUCGUUAUACGACAUGUUAGAUAAGUUGCCUCCGCUUGAUUCUCUCCUAGAUAUGGAAGAUUUGAAACCAAAUGCAGGGUUGCACUUUCAGUUCCAUUACAAUAGCUUUGAAGAUUUCUUCGAAAACAUUGAAGUGGAUAACACAAUUCCAUCUGAUAUUCACUUGUUGACACAAGAGCCCUACUUCUCAAGUGACUCCUCUUCCUCUUCACCAUUGGCUAUCCAAAACGACGGUCUCAUUUCCAACGUGAAAGUUGAAAAGGUAACAGUUAAGAAGAAGAGGAACCUUAAGAAAAAGAGGCAAGACAAAUUGGAGAUGUCUGAGAUCAAACAAUUUUUCGAUAGGCCGAUCAUGAAAGCGGCUAAAGAACUGAACGUGGGACUCACUGUGUUGAAGAAGCGAUGCAGGGAAUUAGGAAUUUACCGGUGGCCUCACCGGAAGCUCAAGAGUCUAAACUCUCUUAUAAAGAAUCUCAAGAAUGUUGGAAUGGAAGAGGAAGUGAAGAACUUGGAGGAACAUAGGUUUCUUAUUGAACAAGAACCUGAUGCAGAACUCAGUGAUGGAACCAAGAAGCUAAGGCAAGCUUGUUUCAAAGCCAAUUAUAAGAGAAGAAAAUCACUUGGUGAUGAUUAUUAUUGA